UCCUCUGCUCUCGGGGCAUACUCACGUGCGCCGACUGAAAUAAAGUGAAAAGAGGACGUGUGUUUUGUUUUUUCUCUUAAGUGAACGAGAGCUGCUACAAUGAAGGUUCCAGAACCAGAACAAAUGAGUGACAUUCUGAAGCGGCUCACCGGGGAGUCCGCGCUGCCCCUCUACUGCAGCAUCGAGAAGUUCAAGCGAAGCAGAGACGGGCUGUACUAUGUGGCCGAGGACUUCAGCGAAACCGUGAAGAAGAGAGAGCUGGUCAACGCCAAGGAGCGCCUCAGGAUCAGGAACCUGAAUGCCAUGUUCUCCCGUUUGAAGCGCAUGGUUCCACUGAUGCGGCCUGACCGCAAGCCGAGCAAAGUGGACACACUCAAAGCUGCCACUGAAUACAUCCGCCUGCUGCUUGCUGUUUUGCGCGAUACUGAAAAUAAUGAUGGCAUGGGGACUGAUUUCCUAAAGAAUGCAAUCACUUACAGUCAGACUGAAGGCAUGGGCAGUGACUUAUGGAGAAUGGAUGAUCUGCUGAACAUAGACGACCACCUGGAAGAUGGCUUCACUUUGCCUCCAGAAGCGGCGCCAGAGGAUGGUGAAAUGCCCAGGCUGGUGUUGCAACACUGUGUGAUGCCUGCAUACCAGCUCAUCAUCCAAGUUGCUCCUGAUCAAGCGCCGAUGUCUCAGCCUUGAUGGGCACUUUGAUCAGAUUGGUUGAACCGGCAGUAAAACAUCUGACAGGAGCUGCUGUGAAGAAAUCAUUGAGAAGAAACCUUUUUUUCUUUGGUUUUAUUUAAUUUUUUUGUUCAAAUCUAAAUUUCAUUGUAAAUGUAACUUUUGUUUUCUGUUUGAGCCCACUGGAUGGAGAACAUUUACGUUGUAGUAAAGGUCAAAAAAUAAUGUUUUACUUCCUGGAUGAGCCAUUGCCUUCAUUGGUCUAAACUGAAUAAGUAAAGAUGAGAACAAGAAUUGCCACAGGAAUUGUAAAAUGAUCAAAACCUAAAUUACUGUGCAUGACAUACUGCAUUAUAUAACACUUAGACAGUCAUUUCAGUGGAAUAAUAUAUUUACAAAAAAAAAAUCUGAGUGCAAUGACUACAUUACAGUGAGGCUGGUUGUCAUUAAAACUGUGACGUAGUUGA